UGGCGUCUGACCGCCGCCGCGGCGUCAGACCACGCGCCGUCCACCGAGCGCACCCGUCUGUCGGAGCGGACCCCAGCAGCUGCUGCCCAUCACUCCAGGUGCGGUCCCAGCAGCUGCUGCCCAUCGCUCCAGGAGCCAGGCCGAACAUUCAGAAAAGCAGACAGAGUCAUCAAAAGUCAUGGACCACGAGCAGUUCCGACAGGCUGGAAAGGAAAUGAUCGACUACGUCGCCGACUACCUGCAGAAUAUUAGGGAAAGACGGGUGCUGCCCACGGUACAGCCGGGCUACCUGCGCGCCCUGAUCCCUGACCAGGCUCCCGAAGAGGGCGAGAGCUGGCGGGAAGUUAUGGACGACGUGGAGCGGGUCAUCAUGCCCGGUGUGACGCACUGGCACUCGCCCCAGUUUCACGCCUACUUCCCCACGGGCAACUCGUACCCAGCCAUCUGCGCCGACAUUCUCAGCGACGCCAUCGGCUGCAUCGGCUUCACAUGGAUCGCCAGCCCGGCCUGCACCGAGCUGGAGGUGGCCAUGCUGGAUUGGCUGGGCCGGGCGCUGGCGCUGCCGGAGCCGUUCCUGGCCAGCUCGGGGCUCGGCGGCGGCGGAGUGAUCCAGGGCACCGCCAGCGAGGCCACCCUGGUGGCACUGCUGAGCGCUCGCAGCCGCCGGGUUCGCCAGCUUCGCCAGCAGCACCCGGACUGGACCGAGACGGCCGUCACCGGCCAACUGGUGGCCUACUGCUCCGACCAGGCGCAUAGCUCGGCGGAGCGGGCCGGCCUGCUGGCUGGAGUGCGCAUGCGCCAGCUGCCGACCGACUCCAAGUUCUCGCUGCGCGGCGACACGCUGGCCAAGGCCAUCCAAAACGACACCGCCCGAGGACUCAUACCGUUCUUCAUGCUUGCCACACUGGGCACCACGCCCAGCUGCGCGUUCGACGCGCUGCCGGAGCUGGGGGCCGUCUGCGAGCGCCAGCAGCUGUGGCUGCACGUGGACGCGGCGUACGCGGGCUCGGCGUUCCUCUGCCCCGAGUUCCGGCACCUGCUGGACGGCGUGGAGCUGGCGCACUCAUUCAACUUCAACCCCCAUAAGUGGAUGCUGAUCAACUUUGACUGUUCGGCAAUGUGGGUGAAACGGGCGAACGACCUAGUGGACGCUUUUAACGUGGACCCGCUCUACCUGAAGCACGACAAACAGGGCCUGGUGCCCGAUUACAGGCACUGGCAGAUUCCACUGGGACGCCGGUUCCGCUCUCUGAAGCUGUGGUUCGUGCUGCGCCUGUACGGACUGGCCGGAGUGCGUGCGCACAUUCGGCGCCACGUGCAGCUGGCGCAGCUGUUUGAACAGCGCGUGCGCGCCGACCCGCGCUUCCAAAUAGUGACGCCCGUCACACUGGGCCUCGUCUGCUUCCGACUCCAGGCUACGAACGAGACCAACGAGGCUCUGCUGAAGGCCAUCAACGCCGCCGGCCGGAUCCACAUGGUGCCCUCCAUGCUGCGCGACACGUACAUCCUGCGGUUCGCCGUGUGCGCGGCCAGCACCGAGGAGCGCGACAUCGAGCUGGCCUGGGCCGAGGUGGAGCGCCAGGCCGGCCGACUGCUGCCGCCGCCCUGAGCGCCGCCAGUACCUCGGCCGGCCGACUGCUGCCGCCGCCAGUACCUCGGCCGGCCGACUGCUGCCGCCGCCAGUACCUCGGCCGGCCGACUGCUGCCGCCGCCAGCACCUCGGCCGGCCGACUGCUGCCGCCGCCAGUACCUCUGCCACCCUCCCGCCGCCCCCUCCCUCUGCCACGCCCCCUCCAGACCAACGCUACCAAUCUCGCUCAACGAUUACUGGCUCGGUAAAAACGUACUCAGUUUUGUGUCUGGUGGCACAAGCUUGCUUGGAGUUGUGUUCCCGACGUUUGAAGUUUCGACCUCAAUAGAGGCAAAAGGCUGGAACACAGCCUUCAAACGCGUAAAUCGCUCCUCACUCUUUUCAUUAGAGUUCAUGGCAUAUUUUUUUCGCUUCCAACUCGCGGCUUGAGGCGUUGCGAGGUGGGAUGAAAAAACGGCAUACGCCAUAUAACCAGUCCAAGAGGAGAUGAGAAACUGCUAUUUCCAAGCUGUAUUCCAGCCUUAAAAUGGUUAGCAUUAAAUUUUCUGUCAUCCACCCGGCGCUCCCCUGUCCCGCCUCGUGCCGCCCCUGUCCCGGCGCGUGCCGCUGCGGACCCCGGUCCCACCCCCCGUGUGCUGGUCCGGUCCAGCGCACUCCAGCGCACUAUCAUUGGACGUGGAGCCAUGGCAACGGGCUCAGGCAGGUCAUUACCGAUUUCCUUUACCAAGGAGCAUGAUACUCCAUACUGUAACAAGUGGGACCAAAUGGAAAUGCCCAUUGGCAAACGUUAUAAAAUUGGUGUUCUUUUGAUUUUGUCGGUGGUAGGUGUAGGGGCUAGAUAAGAAUGCGUGCUUGCUGUAAAUGCUGAUUAUGAAAUUUUCUGUUU